GUGCCAAUAUUGUGACAGAGGAGCCUCAGCGUGAGACCACGGCCCAAUAUUUAGUGGCUUUUAAGAAGCAGGGAGCAUUCUCAGAAAGUCAGUAUCCGCGAGUCACCGAUGAAAAGAAAUUCGGUAACUAUCACUGGGUUUGAAGAGGUCGGUUCCACUGACACCAGCGUUUUAUGAUUCAGCCUAUUUUUUAUGCGGAAGACAUUUGAUAAAGAUCAUACGAACACAGCUUGGGAAUCACAGUCUUCGCCUAGCAGCGUUUAGCAGAACUGAAGUUAUCCUUUUUAGCGGCCUCGCAGAUAAAAGGUUUUCACGAUGUCUCGUAUAAGUUGCUGUGGACUUCUCAUAGCCUUUCUGGCAUUGUUUCUGUUCACGAAAGAUACACAGGCGUUCAGAAGAACACCUCACUUGGAAUCUGCGCAAUGCCGAGGACCAUGCGACUCAAGCGUAGCAUUGCGCAUGCGUGACGAUUCUCUCCAAGAGAUCCCAUUCCUGAAGCCCCAAGGCAACUUCUGCCCGUGUUGGCGAGGUUGCCCAACGCCCGGGGAGCCCAAAGCCCAACAUCGCCAGCUCUCCUGGUAUGUGAAGUUGGAUAACGACCAAAAAUUUGUCGCGCAAAAUUCUUACUGUUCCCUAAAGAAAGGUCGUCGUGAGUGUAAGGGUGAUGAGACGGCGGUGGAAGUAGAGGGGGCAAGCCUGUUUGCCGGGGGCGUAUUGGCCGUUCACUGCCACUGCCAGGACCCAGAUCAGAUCCUCUUACAGAAAUAUGUAGCAAGGAAAGGCGACAGUAUGUACCAGGGUCUGACAUGCGCACAGUCUUCAUGUCAUCGCGCCCCGGCCAGCGAGUGCGCGCGUGUCUAUACAAAAGCAGACGACACUUUGACAGUGCAGUACAUGUGCAGUUGCCCCACUGGUACUUUCUGUCCAAUGCACUUGUAUGACCAUCUAUCUACCCCCAGAACCGACGAGAAGGGGUUGGAGUACAUGCCGGCUUUCUGCGCCAGAAGAGAAAGGGACUCAAACGAAACCUCUUAAAAGUCACGAUUUGUACAUUUAUAUAUGCCGCAAGAAAUUGUGAGCGAAAAAUAAAGACGGCUUUAUGCAUUUUUAGAUCUUUGAGAGGGGACAGUAUAUCAAAGCGCACUCAAUAUGCUGUGUUUUUCACAAUGUUCGUGGAGGUCAAUUUCGAUAGGAAGUUGAUGAGUUUAUUACCUGCUACAGUGAUUUCUCAAAUUUAACCACCAAUAAGCUGUUUUCUUGAUGAUGUCUUUCGAUCCUGGAUAGACUUUCUCUGCGUAAAUGAAACACAGAUGAGCUUAAAUCUUACCAACACCAAGGAGGAUUAAACUGUCAAGCGAAAUUGAGCCUUAUGUGCCACUGAAUUAAUUCGGUAACGGGGAUAUUGGAUCAUGUUUGAUGCCCUGUUUACUAUGUAGAUAACCCUCUGUUUUGAUAUGAUUCACAUUUUUCCCCUCUUUCCGCCCUUCCCCAUAGAUAACGAAUUGUACAAUGGCAGCUAUGUGCAAAAGCAAUGCAAUUAGAGGCUCAGUUAAAUUUGAAUGGGCAUGGUUGAUUGACUGUUAAUCCACUUCUUAUUACGUUGCGAGUGCCAAUUAGAGCGUGGGAUAUGAAUGGAUAUUUUCUUAAUGUUGACGGAAUAGAAAAAAAACAACAUUGUGAAAACCAUGUGCACUCACUCCUCUACUUGUAAUAAUUAUACAAAUACGUAAUAAACAAUACUAUCCACAAGUAAUUGGCUGGUAAAUUGUUUU